GCACAAGCGGCAGGCGUCUGCUAUGACAGUCGACUCAGCGGCGUCCGACGCGACGAUCAGCAGACGGCGCAAUGUCUUUGUCGUCCCAAGUUCAGUUGGACGCAACAGCUGUAGAAAAUUUUCGUGAAUAUUUACGUAUACCAUCGGUUCAACCAAAUGUUAAUUAUGAUGGUUGUGUUGCUUUUCUUGAGAAACAAGCAAAGUCUCUUGAUUUACCUAUCAAGAUAUACUAUGUUGACCCAAAAAAACCAAUUGUGGUUCUCACAUGGAUAGGCACAGAUCCGUCAAAACCAGCUAUUUUAUUAAAUAGUCAUAUGGACGUUGUACCUGUUUUUGAAGAUAAAUGGACUUAUCCUCCUUUUGAUGCUCAUAUAGAUGAAAAAGGAAACAUAUAUGCACGUGGUAGUCAAGACAUGAAAUGUGUUGGAAUUCAAUAUUUGGAAGCAAUUCGCCGUAUGAAACUUACUGGACAACGUUUUAAAAGAACAAUUCAUACUUUUGUACCAGAUGAAGAAAUAGGAGGAGUGCUUGGCAUGGAAGAUUUUGUACACACUAAAGACUUUCAAGCUUUAAAUAUUGGUUUUGCAUUAGAUGAAGGUGUAGCUUCACCCGAAGAAAGUUUUUUUAUGUUUUAUGGAGAGAGAUCAAUUUGGCAUGUUGUAAUAGAAUGUUCAGGCAAUCCAGGUCAUGGAUCUCUUCUACUGGAUAACACAGCUGGAGAAAAGAUAAGAGUCAUAAUUGAUCGUUUUAUGGAUUUUAGAGCUAAGGAGAAAGCAAAAUUGAAAGAUCCAAAAAUACAGCUUGGUGAUAUUACAACUAUAAAUUUAACAUUAUUGAAGGGUGGCGUACAACCAAAUGUUAUACCUCCUUCUUUGACAGCAAUUUUCGAUUGUCGACUUGAUCCUUCUGUUGAUCAUUAUGAGUUUGAAGCUAUGAUCAAAAAAUGGUGUGAAGAAGCUGGUUCUGAUGUUACAUAUUCAUUUGAACAAAAAAAUCCUAAAGUUGAAAAUACAAAACUGGAUGAUUCUAAUCUUUUUUGGAUUGCUUUCAAAAAAGCUUGUGAUGACCUUGCAAUACAAUUACAAAUAGGAAUUUUUCCAGGUGGAACUGAUAGUCGGUAUAUAAGACAGGUUGGAAUUCCUGCUAUUGGUUUUUCACCCAUGAACAAAACUAAAAUGCUUCUUCAUGAUCAUGAUGAAUAUUUAAACAAAGACAUUUUCUUAAAAGGUAUUGAAAUAUAUAUGAAAAUAAUAGCAGCAGUAGCAAAUGUCUAAGUCAAUAUAUUAAGUUUAAAAAAUAUUUUAAAAAUAU